AUGGCGACUACGGACUUGAGAAGCCAGCUGAACUGCUCUGUCUGUCUGGACAUUUUGAGGGAUCCUGUCACAAUAAGAUGCGGGCAUACGUUUUGUGAACUCUGUAUAAGCAGUGUACUGGACAGCCAGGAAAGAAGUCAAGUUUUCACCUGUCCUGAAUGCAGGAAAAGAUUUAAGGUGAGACCUGCACUGCAGAGAAAUGUAAUAUUGUGUAAUAUAACGCAGUACUUCCAUCCGUCUGAGUCUGAGGACAACGUACCGCAUUCACAAUCAAGCUCCUGCUGUGGCAACCUAUGUAAAGCUUCACUUUGUGAGGUCCACCUGAAUGCCCACGUUACCACUGAGGAGAAUGUUUUCUCUGAAAGCAGCACAUUAUCAGAGAACAGGAACUGUCCCAUUCACAAGAAAGUCUUGCAAAACUUCAGCCCUCUGGAUGGUUCGGGUGUUUGUGUUUGCUGCAUCCUGGAAAGAGAGGAAUAUAGACAUAGAGGGAGAUUGGUGGAAAGACUAAGUGAGGCAUUUUUACAAAAGAAACAUCUGAAGAGUGUUCAACAAAAGCUCACUUUCAAGCAAGAGGAGACUGAUAACAAGGUGCAAAGUCUGCAGGAACACCAGAGAAAAGUGAUAGAAAAAGCUGCUGGAGUAACGGAGAGUGUGAAUAAUCUGUUUAGAGACAUGAGAGAGAAGAUUGAUGUCCUGGAGAAAGGUGUCAUGGAUGAGAUUGCCAGACAGGAACACCAAAUUGUACAUUCCACAUCUGAUUUACUUACAAAGCUGCAAUUAAAACAAGACGAGCUGUCGGCACAAAUACUUCACAUUGAGGAAAUGUGCAAGAUAACUGAUCCAUUGACAAUUUUAAAAGGAUGGAAGGAAGACUGUGCACAGUUUUGUGAUGCUGAGAAAGAUAUGGAGAGAGAAGAGGAUGACUCUACUGUAGAUUAUUUAGAUGAAGGCAUUAUCUCCACCAUGCUUCAUUCAGGUUUGACUAACAUUGUGUCUGGUGUAAAGAACGGGUUCUAUGUGCAGGAAGCAUCAAAUAUAUUGCUAGAUACUUCCACAGCUAGUGGUGGAAUAAUAAUAUCAGGAGACAGAAAGAUAAUUUCUGAAGGUACAUUACAUCCAUCACAUGAGCAAUCACCAGAACAAUUUGAGUAUUUUCAAACUUUUAGCACCAGAAGUUUUUCAUCAGGGCAGCACUACUGGGAAGUGCAAGCAAGUGACUCUGGUAGUUGGAAAGUGGGGGUGGCCUAUCCCAGCGUAGAAAGAAGAGAAGACUUUGGUGCUGAUAAUAAGUCAUGGGUUUUAUGUUUGACACAAUUGGAUACAUCUGAAAAAUGGUAUUCAGUAGAACAUGACAAAAAUGACAUUGAUCUCAAUGUCUCCUCUCAGAGGUUUGGAAUAUAUCUGGAUUAUGAGGCUGGUAGACUUUCCUUUUAUGAGCUGAGUGACUCAGUAAAACACUUACAUACAUUCAUUGCCAACUUCACUGAGCCUCUUCAUGCCGCCUUUCAUGUAAUGGAGAGCUGGCUGAAAAUUGCAAGCUAA